AUGUAAUGUUAAUUGUGUUGUGUAUUUUUUCUAAAAUGCUCCAUCAAGGAAUAAUUCUUCGAGAAGGACAUGUCACAAGGACAAUUUAUAAUUUAAUCAAAGACGAACGUUACGAUGAUGUUAUCGAAUGUAUUAAUAAUUUCGGUGAAGCUGGUACAACAAGAGCUGGAAUAUCAACUCUUGGCUAUUGCUACUAUCAUUCCCAACGAUAUGAAGAAGCUGCUACUUGCUACGAGCAACUUUGUGUCCUUGUACCAAAGGAACCCAAAUACAAAUUCUAUUGUGCUCAAUCGUUAUAUCAAGCUGGAACUUUUGGUGAAGCCUUGAAAGUUCUCAAACAAAUUAUCGACAAUGAAGAACUGAAGGAACAAAUUCUUCAACUUCAAAGUGCUAUUUUGUACUCAAGUGAAGACUUCGCUGGAGCUCAGGGAAUUCUCAAUCAACGUUUGAGUGGAAAUGCUGAAACACUCAAUGACGAAGGCUGUCUACUCUAUCAAGCUGAUCAAUAUGAAAAUGCUGUACAAAGAUUUGUUUCGGGUCUUCAAAUCGGAGGAUAUAAUCCGUUGGUGGCAUACAAUCUAGCUUUGUGUCACUUUCGGAAGAAGGAAAAAGCUCAAUCUUUGGAUUAUACAGCUGAGAUCAUCGAAAGAGGUAUUAGAAACCAUCCAGAAUUAGGAAUUGGCGCCCAAAUGGAAGCCGAAGGUAAUGCUCGUAGUGUGGGAAACCCUAUAACUAUGGCUUUGUCUGGAAUAACCCAGGCUCUCAAUUUGAAAGCUGCUAUUGAAUAUCAAGAUGGUAAUAUUGAAGCUGCUAGGGAGGCUCUCCUAGACCUCCCUCCAAGGGUAGAGAGUGAAUUAGAUCCGGUGACCUUGCACAAUAUGGCUUUGACAGACCCAAGUGGCCCGGUAGCUGGCUUGAGGAAACUUGCCUUUCUCCUUGAGCUCGGACCUCCGGCAUGUCCCAAGGAAACUUUUGCGAAUAUUCUUCUGCUGUGUUGCAAACAUGAAAUGUACGAUACAGCAGCUGAUAUAUUGGCUGAACAUACAGACCUUACUUACAAAUAUUUAUCCCAAUACCUUUAUGAGCUUUUGGAUGCCUUGAUAACUGCUCAAACUUCCCCAGAAUUAGCUGAAAAGAAACUUGGAACACUAGCCUCAAGCUUAGCUAGUAAACUUCGAGGACUUGCAGCUAAAGUUCAAGAAGUUCGAACCACUCCUGAUCAAAAUGCCCUGAGACAGGCCUUAAAAGACUAUGAAAGCUCUUUGGAGUACUAUCUCCCUGUUGUAAUGUCACGAGCUUGGUUAUCUUGGCGUGAUGAUGAUUUCCUUGGAGCUGAACGUGAAUUCCGUUCUAGUGCUGAAUUUUGUUCGGAGAAUCCAGUUUGGCGUCUAAAUGCUGGCCAUGUUCUAUUCAUGCAAGGCGAUAAGUAUAAAGAAGCAGCAGCUUUCUACGAGCCAAUAGUUCGACAGCAUUCUGACAAUAUUAUGACUGUUUCAGCAGCUGUUUUGGCUAAUUUAUGUGCAUCGUAUAUUAUGACUUUUCAAAAUGAAGAAGCUGAAGAAUUGAUGAAGAAAGUCGAAAAAGCUGAGGAGCAGAAAGAGAGUAUUGGCAAACAAUAUCAUCAUUUGUGUAUUGUUAAUUUGGUAGUUGGUACACUUUAUUGUGCCAAAUCGAAUUAUGAAUUUGGACUUUCAAGGAUUGCUCAUGCUUUAGAAGGUGGUUCUGGAUCGAGGCUGUAUGCGGAUACUUGGUUGCAUGUUAAGAGGUGUAUAUUGGGGCUUCUUACAGGGAUGGCAAAGCAGAAUAUUAUUUUGAAAUAUCCAGCUGUUCAGGAGGUUUUGAAUUUCUUAAAGUCUUGUGAAGUUUAUGGACUUAUGACUCCAGCUAAUAAUAAUUAUGUGGGAACAGAUAUUCCUGAAAAACCAUUGACUAUUGGACUUGAAGCGAGAAAAUUGAGAGUCCUUUUGAUUAAACUAAGUGAAUAUGAAAUGUAAAUUGGAUAUUAUUGUGUGUUUAAAAGUGGGCAACA